AAAUCAGGUGGAAUGUGGAAUUAAAUGAAAUGUUGAUGUUAUGAUUGCUAUUUAAUUGUGAAAUAAAAUCACUUAUAAGUAAAAAUGGAUAUCGAAGUAGAACAGUCGGAAACAACUAAAACUAGUGACUCGUCGUGCAGUGAAUCCGAUAUAAUACAGAAAUGUGAUACGAAUUUGAAGAGGAAACUACUGGAAGAGUUUCCAGAGGCCCUAGAGUAUAUUAAGAAGCUGGAAUCAAUCAUUAAAAAACAUCUAAAGAAGAUUAAUAAACUACGGAACAAAUUAAAGGUAAAAGCUAGAUGUAAAGAAAGUAGUACACAGACCGAUCUAGAGGAAUCAUAUUCAGUUAAUGAUAAUACAGAGGCUAUAGAAACUGCUGAAAACACUCAGAAGAGCCUAGUAGAUGACAUUAAAGAAGCAGCAGAAAUUGCUAUGCAAAAAACUGGGUUUGUCUAUGAAGAAACUUCAGGACUCUAUUAUGACUACAAUACUGGAUACUAUUAUAAUGCAGAAUAUGGUUUGUAUUAUGAUGGUACCACUGGCAAGUAUUUGCAAUAUAAUUCUGAGACACAGACAUAUGAAUAUCAUUCCCAGGUUGCAGUACCUAGCUCAGAUGCAUGCAGAACAGAAAAUACUAUUCAAAAAAGGAAAAAGAAACAUAAAAUUAAAGCCAAGAAAAUCUCCAGAACUGACAAUGAAGAUGGCCAAGAAAUUGAUAACAUAGAAGAAGGCGAAUGCUCAGCUAGUGAUACAAACAGUGAUGGUGGAGAGGUUGAUUCUGAUUCUAGUGAUAUAUCUAAAAGUUGGCCACCCUGUAUGCGCAUCAUAGUCGAAUCCACAGAAAUACCGGGAUUAAAGAAGGGGUCACUACACAUAAUAACUUGCAGUGGAGGAUCACUAGGUCGGGAAGGGGCACAUUCUAUUCUUCUGAAAGAUCCCAACGCCAGUAAACACCAUCUAAAAAUCACCUUUGACGAAAAAGGUGGACAGUAUCAAGCAGUGGAUCUGGGAUCUAGGAACGGAACUUUACUUAACGGAGCAAGAAUGUCACCGUCCAAACAGGAAAGCGAUGCUAUGGAUGUAGUCCAUGGCAGUAAGAUCCAAAUAGGCCAGACUGUUUUGUUGUGCCAUAUACAUGAAGGUAAUCAGACGUGCGGGCAUUGUGAACCAGGACUUAUUCAAGUUGCAGAACCAUUACAAGGAAGGAUCUACAGUUACAGCAAAUCUACUAACCAUAAAAAGGAAUUAAAAGGUUUGAAAAUGCGCUACGGUGUGUCGGAGUACGAAGGAGACUCUAAACUGGCAAGCGGAUACACCGAUCGGGCCCAGAAGAGAAGGGAAACUGUCGGGAGUCAAAAUCCUCAUGAAAAAACUCAAGUAGCUUCUGUAGAUGAGUCGAUCAAUAAAGAGAAUAAAGGGUUCAAACUACUGCAGAAAAUGGGAUGGAAAGAAGGGGAAUCGUUGGGCAAGACUGGCGAUGGUCUUCUUGAACCGAUCAAACCGACAUCAAACGAAGGUACUACGGGAAUCGGGGCCGCCAAUACAAAAGUGACUUCAAUUCCGACUGAAACAAAGAAACAAUCCAUUUGGAAGAAGACGAAUGAGAGAUUUCAGAAGCUGCCAGAGUCCAGCGAUGCAUUUGAAGUGGAUACAGAUGACUGAAAUAUUGUGUUUUAUUUAAUAAUAGUAAUUUACUUCUUUUACUUAUUUUUAAUAUAUGUCCAAAGUUGUUUGUAUUUAUUGAAGUUAAUAAAAAGCAUUUUUUAAAAAUUUU